GGAUCACGUGGGGCUUAACAAGGCCUGUGAUUGGCUGUCGAGGUAAACUGCCCAAUGCCAUGCUUUACUGGGGUCUUAUUGCCUGAGUCUGACAUCUUUAAGAAGACAAAAUAGAUGCACCUCAUGCAUGUCAUGUUACCAAGAAACCACAAUCCACCCUGAAGAAUGAGGCCCCACUUGUUAUGUGCUUUGCAGAGCAGAUAGAGGGAUGAAUGAAGCAAUUUCUCCUCAUCAGAUGGACUCACAGGAUUUCUCCUGCUGCGCUUCGUGCAGUUCGAUGGUUAGUCCUGAAACAGGUCUCCAGCUGUUACCCUGCCUGCACACUCUGUGCAUCCGCUGCUUCGCUGCGUCAGAGAAAAUCGCAGAAUGUCCUGUUUGUCAGGAGAAAUAUGAACCAAAUGAGGUCAUUAGUAACCUUGUGUUGGCUAAACACCACGUAAAUCUCUGUGAAAGUAAUAAGUGCAGUAGCUGUGAUGACCCAUCCAUAUCCGGUUGGUGUGUUGAGUGUCAGGAGAAUUUGUGUGCCAUGUGUGUGGCAGCUCAUAAGAGAGCUGAAGACACACGUGGGCAUUAUGUCCGUACUCCAGAGUGUCCGAGGCCGGUCAUGUGUCUGAUCCAUAAGCAGGAAGUGCUCAGCAGUUUCUGCCUGACGUGUGACCAACUGACCUGCAGAAAAUGUCCACCGCUUCAUCCUAAUCACCUACUGCAGCUGAGUCACGAGGAGGUGGAUAAGCAGAGGAAGCAAAUCCGCCAGAUGGUCCAGAAGGUGCAGCAGAAAAGCCCGAGUGUCCAGAAGAGUCUAAAUAACCUGCAGGGAAGACUGUCUGACCUGGAGGAGCUGCAAGCUCGAUUGCGUCUGGACGUGAAGAAUACUGUAGGCAGACUCUGCAACAUGGUACUCAAGAAAGCAAGCAAACUCCUCAAAGAGAUAGAGGACGUGUGCAGGAGCGAGAAAGAGAAGAUCGAAGAGAGAAGGACGAUCCUCCAGAGACUGAAGGGGAAGCAGGACCAUGUGCUGACCUUCACAGAGAAAGUUCUGGACUCGCAGGACCACACUGUCCUUCUGUCCUGCAAGAAACAGAUUCACCAUCAGCUUCAGUCCCUGUUGGAGCAAACAGCAUUUCCCAUGACCACCAUGAUGGAGCUGUACUUCCACAGCAAUGAGCUCAAUGUAAAGAAAGUUCUCAAAGCCUUUGGGUGCAUUGAGGCCAGAGAAGUUCCAUUCGCUUGCUCUGAAAUUGGGAAUGUUCCCAACCAAACCCUCACACCAAACUUCCAGAAAAUCUCUCCUCCGUCUACUACAGGUCAGGAUUCAACUCCGUCUGUCGCUCUGCCGCAGAUCGGCUCGACGAAAUGUAGUAAAGGCAAUCCUAAAGGCCUGGCUUUUUCUCCAAAAUCAUCCAUCCGUGCUCGUCUCUCAUUGUCAUCUUCACAAGAGAACAAAUACUCUGACUGGCCUGGAUCAAAGCGGUCAUGGUCUUAUCACCCUUACCAGCGUAGAGACAGUCCUCAGCUUCUGCAGUCGUCCCGUAAACCCAUCUCACUUUCAGAUAAAGGGUCACUUGUUGUGCCAUCGCAGGUUAUCAUGGCUCACACCUCACCAUGUGGACCAUCUGGAACUGGUACAAGCCAAGCAGAACCUGGUUCUAGUGCCACGUGGCCAGAUGAAACCCCAGUGCAGGUGAUUCCUACGUUUGAAAAGGUGGCAUCCGACAUUCCUUCCACAAGAUUACAUAAAGAUGGCGGCUUAGUUGGGCAUCAGUCAGUGCAGACUCUCAAUCCUUCUCCUGAACCUGUUACCUCUUAUAUCCAAAGAGUUGACUCAUGUCUCAAUGCACCACCUAGUGGAAGCGACGGAAACAAACAGGAAGUGAAGCUUUCUGAUCCCUCUGUCCAACCCCUGAACUUGAAUCCAGAUCAGUCAGGACUUCAGACAUCUAAACAGCUAAAUCUCAAAGGAAACUUGUUUUACGAGUCAGAAAAAUCAGCAGACUUGCUCAAUCUAUACACGAUUGUGAAAAAUAUCAGCCCCAUUUCUGCAAAUAUGGCACGGUUUCAUGUGGAGAACUCGAAACCUUCACAAUCAGGAAGUGAUCUGAUAGCCAAUGAAGCAAACUCAUCAACUCCUCAAAACCUGUCCACUGUACUAAUGAGUGUAAAUAAAGACAACACCACAUUACAGGAAGUGAAAUCUCUAGAAGAGGCUUUAAACAUUGCCGUGUCUGAGAAUUCGCCGCAGUGUCCACCUGAGUGUGAGAAAGAAAAAACAGACAUCAUCACACUAAGUAACAGUGUUCAGUUGAAUGGCUUGCAGAUCGAGCCUGCACAAAAGUCGACCCAAAGAGUCUCGGUUAAAGAGCAACCUGAGGCUGUAGAGAUCACAGAUCUGUUGAACAGCCACUGCUGUCCUCUAAAGCAGGAGAAGGAGGAUGAGAAUGGUACACCUGUAACAAAGAUCAGAGAUGACAAAGGAAAUCUGGUUGUCCUGGAGUCCCUGGGAAGAGACUGGCUGCCUCAUGUCUCACUCUGCCGUUUAUCCAUCCGUGAUUAUCCGUCUUUUUGUCCUCCUGCUUUCCGUGUUGUUCGGAGAGAACAUAGUGAUGGAUUUCACUUCGGCGUGAUCCAGGAGGAUGGACAGAUGUCUGUCUCACCCCCUGUUGGUCAAAAAGCGGCACUGCGCUGCCUGCAGGAUCUCGGGGAAUCUCGUCCAGUGCUGUGUGUGUCGCCGGGCUUUCCACAGAGGGUGUCACUUACCACUGAUCUCCUUAACCAAGGCUGAUCAGUGGCAGUGUGUGCUGUGCCGAGAUUUCUCUCACACUGGAGAUCAUGAUGUGGAUGCAGAACCUGCUGCUUCUCCGUGUCUCAGUGUGUAUGAGCAGAGGAAAUGCGAGUACCUUCUGGUGUCUCUCAGCUG